CUCUACAUCCUCUGACUCUCAGAAGACGUCGCCAACAUGUGGGCCGUCAGUCUUCUGGUAGUCCUGUUGGGCUGUGUCCGCGUACAGGCGACGAAAGCCGUCUUUGCGCAUUUCAUGGUGGAAAAUGCCAAAACCUGGGACGAAAGCAAAUGGGAGAAGGAUAUUGACUUGGCGCGGGCAGCGCACAUUGAUGGCUUCGCCCUCAACAUUCGGUCUGACGAUGCCUCGGCAUGGGGAGCUCUGAACACAGCAUUUAGCGUGGCCGACGGCAAGGGAGAUUUCAAGAUGAUCUUGUCUUUCGACUACGCCGGCGGCGGCCCGUGGUGUGCGAACAUUGUCCAGCAAUACAUCCUCCAGUUUUCCGCGUACGACUCCUACUUUAUCGAUGGCGGCCAGCCUCUGGUGUCGACAUUCGAGGGGCCAGCCAGUGCUAGCGACUGGGUUCUCAUCAAGCGGAAAACAAACUGUUUGUUGCUCCCGGAUUGGUCUUCCCUGGGAGCUAAACAGGCUCUCGACGCUUCUGAUGGCGUGGUGGACGGCCUGUUUAGUUGGUCCGCUUGGCCUUGGGGUAACAUGGCUAUGAACACCUACGUCGAUGCCUCAUAUCUCCAGUUCAUGGAGGACUCAGGAAAGGCGUGGGGAAAAGAUCUCAAGUACAUGAUGCCUGCCAGCCCCUGGUUCUAUACAAACCUGCCCGGAUACGACAAGAACUGGAUGUGGCGCGGCGACGACAUGUGGUUCGACAGGUGGCAGCAAAUCAUCUUUCUCAACCCCGACUACGUGCAGAUCAUCUCUUGGAACGACUUUGGAGAGUCCCAUCAUAUUGGUCCGCUCUACGUAGACGGCGAUGACUAUAAAGCCUUCGAGGUCGGCGAGGCGCCCUUCAACUACGCCGCCGACAUGCCCCACGACGGCUGGCGCCAGUUCCUCCCGUACGUUAUCGACAUGUACAAGAACAGAAAGGCAACCAUCACUCAAGAAGGCCUCACGGGUUGGUACCGGCCGACGCCCAAGCAGUCCGGCUGCGACGAUGGCUGGACCACGGGAAACACGGCGAGCCAGCUGCAGCGCGAGUACUAUCCGUACGAGAUUGUCGAGGACAUGAUCUUCUACACGGCGCUCCUCGUGAGCUCCCAGCCGGUCAAGGUCACGGUGGGAGGCGUCGACCUCGGCGCCGCGUGGACUGACGAGCCCGAGUAUGGCAGCGGUCUGUACCAUGGAAGCGUCAAGUACGGCAAUAACUUGGGCGCUGUUGUGAUCCAGGUUGGAUCCAUGACGCUCACCGGACGCGAGAUUACCUCGGCCUGCAACCGCGUCGACGGCCAGGACGGCAAGCAAAAUUGGAACGCCUGGGUUGGAAGCCAGACUGGUGGUAGCGCCAACAAGGAGGUUGACAUCUCCAAGUGGGUGUGUAUCGAGGGAACGGCACCAGGAGCUCCCGAGUUUGCCGAUCUCUGUGAGUUUACCUGCAAGUACGGAUAUUGUCCUCCAGGAGCCUGCUACUGCAGCAACAUGGGCGCCCAGAGGGAGAAGCCCGACUCGGAUACGCCUGGAUACGGCACCAAGGGCUAUCCGGCCGAGGGAAUGUCGUCCAGCUACGAAGGCCUGUGUGCGUUUGCCUGCGACUUGGGAUUCUGUCCGUCGGCCUACUGCGACACCAGCGAACACGCAAAGGUUGUUCCUAACGUCUCGCCCUUUACUCCCGACGCCUGUACUUCGGGCAAGGGUGGCGAGGGCCUCGUCGGGCUCUGUGACUUUGCCUGCAACUUCGGCUUCUGCCCAGUUCAUACGUGCACCUGCUUGACGAUGGGUGCCCUCAACGAGCCGCCCGCUCAGAGCGGCACGAGCGGAUCUGCAAAGAGCGGUCUUGAUGUUCGCGUGUUCGACGCAAUCUGUGACUUUGCCUGCAGUCGAGGCUAUUGCCCUGAUGAUUCGUGUGUCCAGGAUGCUACCGGUGAGCACGAAGUUGACAAUCCAGUUUACAUCGGUACCGACAUCUUCAAAACAUCGACAGCUCAUUGCUCACCGCCCUGUGUGCUGGUGCUCCCCCCGAGCAUCCUGCCCUCGUCCACGACGAUUAGCAUUCCGCCGUACACGACAUCAGUCGAGGUUGGCUCGACCACAUCGACCGUUACGCUGUCACCUCCGCCCAUCACUGUCGGCCAAAUCCCAUUCUCAAAUGUCCCCGUCACCACGUCAAUCUCGGAUGGAGCUGUCUUCGUGGCCUGCACCAGCUUGGCUGUGGACCCUGUAGAUGUUACCAUCACUUACACUACGGGCGGUAAGACGGUCAUCACCACGCGUGAAUUGACGCUGCCGCCGUGGCCCCAGAUGACUCAAGGACCACCUGAUAGCUGGACCGAGACUUGUGAUGUGUGGGGCGCUGGAGGAGGCUCCGGUGACGAUAGUGGCUCGGCGACUUCGCCAACCUUUAGCCCGAGUGAUCAGUUCACUUCGACAACCAGCACACCGUUGCCUACUUGGACCGAGUUUCCUCCUGGCUACAUCGAAGAUGAUGGCGAGGAUGACGAUGACGACGACGACGAUCUUGUCGUCAUUUUCGAUUGUGACGGGUUCUGGUUCUUUUCGUUCUGUAUCGACUUCCCCGAGUUCAAAGUGACAAAGUGGAAGUUAAAUCUCCCCAAGGGCAAAAUUGGACCUGGGCCGCCGCCUCCCUCCAUUAUCCAACGAAAAGGAUGGUCAAUCAAGAUCAAGGGAGAAUUGCCCCCCUGGCCCGUCAUCACGCUACCACCUGGGCCAAACCCUGUUCUCGAGAAGCCCGACCGUCCAGAUGACUGCAAGACCGUUUCUCAACAGGUCGAAUUUGAGACCGUUUCGCAGGGACUGUCUGUCUCCAAGGGAACCACCGUUACCACGACCGAGUCGACCAUUACUCGCACCGGCUUUGUCUACGGCUGCGAGGUUCCCGAGUACACCGAGACCAUUUCUUCCUGCGCUAUCGCCAAGCGGAGUGAAGUGCCCCGUGCCGUUGUCGCCGAACCAACAGCGAAAGCUACAUCCGAAGCUGAGGCUGAAGUUGGAGAAACCGAACUCGACGAGGCUGAGCUAGAGGCCCGUCAAGCCGCCUCCGAUUCUAUCUUUAACCAAGACAACCCGAUUCAGUGGGAACAAGACAUGAGCUGCCCUGGCAGAGAGUCCGACUACAUUCUAUACCCUCACAAGCACGGCUCCGCUGACUCGUCCUUGAUCCGAAGUCGUCUUGCCCAGUCGACUGGUACCAACAACUUUGAGUUCCUCGAAGUCAAGUCGACUACAUCCGACUACACGGCAUACUUUGUCAUUCGGCAAAUGCCGGUCUCGAUGGUAUCUAAGGUGAAGGGCAUGACCCAAGUGCGCUACUUGUACGACUACCAGAAUUUCCUGCGGACCAAUGGUCAGACUUGGACUCCUUUUGGUACUGUUGGCCGCCGAGAGGCAACGGAGAAGCCUGCAGACGAUGUUGAGGUCGACGUUGAGAGUGAGAGUGAGAUCGAGGACGCUGGCAACACCACGUUUGUGCCCCUGCAAAAGCGGGCAAACAAGGAGGCCCCGUGGCAUCUCUCACAAUUGGGUGCACCGGCGGGAACCAACUGGUUGAAUGAUGUCAAAUAUGUAGCUACUAACGCUUCAGGCACAUUCUUCAAUUACUGGUACGACCCAAGUGCCGGGGCUGGCCAGGUUAUCUACGUGAUUGAGGAUAGUUUCCCGGCAUCGCCCCAACAUCCGGAGUUCCAAACCAUGAACUUUGGCGGAUCUCUUGACGUGCCAAGCUACGGCCCCGUGUCCGCGUGGAAUCCCUGGCACGGCGCUGCAGUUGCCGCGGCAGCGGCUGGACAAACGCUUGGAGUUGCGCCAGCUGCCACGGUGGUCCCUGUCAGCAUGGGUGGCAUCUUCAAUGGAGAUCAGCCUACGGAGAGAUUGAUUCAUGCGCUUCUCCUGAUCGCGGAUCACAUCAAGAACAACACCUUACAGGGCAAGGCAGUCAUCAACAUGUCCUGGGGGUCCAAGGUCGCCUACAUGAGCCCUAUCAAGCCGUUUGAAGAGAUAUUCGUUCAAAUCCUCGCCAGUAUCCAAGAUGACCUCAAGACUGUACUCGUCACGGCAUCCGGAAACGAUGGCCGCGACCCAACCCAGCGCAGCGAAAACUGGUACCCGCAGAAGUUUUCUCAUUCCGGCCAGCUUCCGAACAUGCUUGUCGUCGGUGCGGUCGAUAAGAACGCUCGACGAUGGGGUGGUUCCAACUAUUUCACAGCCAACCAGCCGCCUUUGGUGUAUGCAUGGGGACACGACACACUCACACCCUCUGCAUCCGGAGGAUAUGACAAGGCUAGCGGAACUUCAUUCGCCGCCCCUGCCGUUGCCGGUCUUGUGGCCUAUCUUCGCGGCCUUCCUUCUAACACAUACGCACAAGCCCUAACGGAGCCCUCGAAUGUUGUUGAGGCUGUCCGCAAAAUGGUGAGAGGACUCGUCAUCGAUGAUAAAAAUAUCCAAUCCGACGAUGGAGCACCAGACAGCCUCGUGUGGAAUGGCCAAGUCCAGGGAGACAAUUGCCUCGUGAACAAGGUUGCGGGUUGCCCGUCCUUUCUCAGUCCAGGCGGCAGCGGCUCAGGCUCUGGAGGUCAAUACACGUUUGAGCAAGGCUCUCCUUCGCCUACUUGUACAGCUGAUUGUGGUGUCUUGUGUACUGGUUACUACUGCGAAUCCAAGCCAACCGGGACACCCCCAGACUUCGCUGACCCCGCAAACCCUACAACCACGCGUACUGGCGCUGCUGUUAGUUCCACAACUACCCAGUCCUCGCCCAAACCAACCGGAAAACACGCUGUGGAUGCCCUCUACGUACACGGCGGCCAGUUCAACAUGUCGCUCUGGUACUUUAUGAAAUCCAUCAUCGAUGGCAAAGAGCAGGAUCUGUGCAACGAGAGCCAGCUCGUCGUCAUUGGGGCCAGCAGCAGCAUCGACGCCGACAACCCUGGCUUGGUGCCUUACGACACUGAUUUCCACGGCGACGAGAUCUUCGAUGGCUUCACCAACUGCAAAUACACCCACAGCAGCACGGGCGGAAAGAUUGAGUGCGACGGCGGCGUUACUGUUCAAUGCAAGGCGGCCACUAACAAAGCUUUCACCUGUGACGAAAACGCCCGGUAUCCUGACAUGAACAUGGUCCCGUCUGUGAGAUGCGAUUUCUCGAGCUUGUAGGCAGGAGGCAGGACUCAUUGAUAGCUACCUCAUAGUCAUACUCUAGAGCUCUACUCCUAAAGAAGUAGCUGCAUAAUGUUUGAAACCCAUUUUCAGACGAUGCGAAGAUUAAUCCCUUGUCAUGUUAAUUAUCUAUUAAAAACUUGCCCCUUUCUUGAGAAGCAGUUGCGCAAUUCCCUG